AUGUCGAACUUGUAUGGAGAUUUUAAUCAAAAGAUUGAUUAUGUUUUCAAGAUUGUAUUGAUUGGAGAUUCUGCAGUAGGGAAAUCUCAACUGCUAGCUCGUUUUGCAAGAAAUGAAUUUAGUUUGGAUUCAAAGGCAACUAUUGGUGUUGAAUUUCAAACAAAGACUCUGAUUGUUGAUCAAAAGACCGUCAAGGCACAGAUUUGGGACACUGCUGGCCAAGAAAGCUUAGUUAUUCAUGAAAUGUGGAGUCAAUUGUUGUCUACUUACCGAUCAACCGAUAAUGAUAUAUAG